AGAGAAGUUGAGUUACACGUCAGAAUGGAACCUGUACUGGUGAGUGGACGUGUACUGUGACCUCAACAUUUUGUGUGUAUCAGCUGAUCCCGGAUACAUGCAGAUAUGGAACGUGUGGUGGGGAUGGCAAAUAACGGUGGUUUCUCCCUCGCCGGCCCCUCCACCACUCCCCGCAAGCGACAGGUGCGAUUCUCCGCCCGCCACGACAUCCUGCUGCUCCGUGAGGUCAUUGCUCAGAACCCGUUCUGUUCCAAGGAGUCAGGUCGUAUCUGGGCCCGUGUCGGGGAGAUCAUCACUGCUGCCCUGCAGGACGAGAGCUUCGAGGUGGACGCCCGGCGUUGCAGGGAGAGGACCAUGCUGCUGCUGGACUACUACAAGAAGCAGGACUUCCCCAGCCUACGCAGGUUUGGGACAGAGAGGCUGUAUGCCCAGAAAGAAGACCUACUCCAUGAGGUGUUGGAGCUGGAGGCAGAGAAGGGUCUUCUGGCCAGCGGGGAGAGUAAGUACCAGGAUGAGGAACUCAGGAAACGAGCCUUGGAAGAGCUGGCUAGUCAACCAGAGCAGGACAAACCCAUCAUUAUCUCCACACAAACAGGACAACCCAAAGUCCCCACGACCCCAGAGCCCGAGGAGCAGCAGGAGAACCUGGCGGAGCUCUCGCUAGUCUCGGCGGCGCCCAUGGCCAAGCAGCCUUGCCAAUGCUGCUGCCAGACCUACUCAGAGAUCCUCAGCUUCCUGGAGAAGCGCUCGGAGGCGGAACAACGACUGCGGGAGGAGGAGUUGUUGCUGAGGAGGGAGGAGCUAGAGAUCCAGAGGAGUAAGAUCACUCUGGAGAGAGAGAGGCUGGGGGCGGAGAGGAAGGAGAGGGAGAGGAGGUUCGAGCUGGAGAGCCAGGAAAGACAGGUCAUAUUGGACCUGCUAAAGGAGAAGGUGCUCAAAGGAUGAGAGGAUUGAUGGGGGGGUGGUGGUGGAGGGGGGCAGGUGAGGGGCUGAAGGAACCCUAGGUGUAUGGUGUGGAUGUAACAGUAUAACUUCUGUCCCCUCACCCCUACCUGGGCUCGAACCAGGGACCCUCUGCACACAUCAACAACUGACACCCACGAAGCAUCAUUACCCAUCGCUCCACAAAAGCCUCGG